AUGACGACGACAAACACGGUCCCGCCUCAGGAGCCGCCCCACCUGAUAGCGGCAAAGGAUGUUAUGCCAAUCAUGAAGCAGGUCAUCAAAGAGCAAUCCGACACCUGGAAUCAUGUGGCCGCGACCAUUGACCCUGCAUCGGCAACCUUUGACGCUGCAAUUCGGCCAUUGAUCAAUGUAGACAAUGAGACGCAGGGUAGAAUCGCUGUCAUAGCAAUGCUGCGCUACGCCUCGCCGGACCAACUAGCCCGUGAGGCAUCAGACGCUGCCAUUGGACUAUUGCGACAGUGGGACUCCGAGAGGGUAGCAAGAAAGGACUUUUAUCAUCUGCUCAAGGCUGUUGAGGACAAAGCUGAGGAGGUUCACUUUGAAGAUGCUAAGUUCCUCAAAAGCAACAUCCAGCAGUUCACAAGAGGUGGCCACGGGCGGCUUGACCAAGAUCAGUUGGCAGUUUACUUGGGAAGAAGAAACGAAAUCGACGAGCUGAGGCAGCAGUACAACCGGAACUAUCGAAAUGAUGAUGGCGGUCUAUGGCUUUCUUUGGACGAACUUAAAGGGGUGCCUGCGGAGGACCUCGCCCGCUUCUUGGGGAGGCAAAAGUCUACGGAUGUCAGCACAAAGGAUCAGGCAUUUGUACGUUUUACGAGAGCAGAUUUAAACGCCGUCUUGCAGUACGCUACAUCGCCGGCAACCCGGAAGAAAGUCUACGUUGCCAACGAAAGAAAGGUACCGGAGAACGUUGACCUCUUCAAGGAGGUCAUUGAGUUGCGAGACGAGAAUUCUCGAUUACUGGGAUAUGAGAACCACGCGGCGUUUCGGUUGGAGACUCGCGUUGCCAAGACCACGACUUGGGUGAACAGUCUCCUCGAUGAACUCGAAGACGUCCUCCUGCGAAAAGGAAGAGAAGAGACGAAGUCGCUUUUGGAAAUUCGAAACAAAGACUUCCCGCAAGACAACGACUCAAUGCCCCCAUGGGAUUACGAUUACUACAAUCGCCUGCUGCAAGAGCAGAUCGAUGUCAAACAUGGCCAGAUCUCUGAGUACUUUCCACUAGACUACUCCGUCUCAGCAAUGCUGGAUCUAUUCACCUCUUGUCUGCAGCUUCGAUUCAUUCCCUUGACGGCCGAUCAGAAGAAGGACGUGGUCUGGCAUGACGACGUUCAGGUAUGGGCAGUCUGGGACGAAAGAAACGCCUCCAAGGGCGAAUUUGUCGGCUACUUGUACACGGAUCUCCUCAUCAGACCCAACAAGCACCAGGGCUCGCAGAACGUCAAUCUUCAGUGUGGGUAUCUCAGAGCAGACGGCACAAGGGUCUAUCCGGCCACGAUCUUGAUGUGCGCCUUCCCUCGUCCAACCACAACCGGUUGCGCUUUACUCAAGCACAGCGAGAUUGUGUCUCUGUUCCAUGAGCUGGGCCACGGUAUGCACGAUCUUGUGUCGAGGACUCGCACUCUUAUGGUCCAUGGACACCGCAUGCCGCCUGACUUCUUUGAGGUACCCAGUGUCAUGUUGGAGAACUGGUGUUGGAUGGCAGACGAGCUCAGGCAUAUGAGCUGCCAUUACACCAGAUUGAACCCUGAGCUUUUAGAUGAUUGGCGCCGAAAGAAUCCGGGCCAGCCAGACCCGCCUGAGAAGAUACCUGAUGAGCUUCUGGGGCCUCUUGUCAGAAGCAGGAAUGUGAACAGGGCGCUUUGGCUUUUGCGUCAGCUUGCCUUUGUUCGCUUCGACAUGGCUGUUCACAGCCCGGCUACCCACGAAGAAUGA